UGCAUUCCUGCGGACGGUUUGACCUUUGACCUGGUUGUUGCAUUCCAGAGAGGCUUGUCCUGCAGCAGCACAGUCAUCCCUUUCGUCCACACGGCUUAUACGCUAGAAAGACGAUGUAUGUCGAGCUAAUUAAGACAGAGUAGCGAUUCUGAGAGACUCGCAGACACCGCAGCGUUGAGCCGAGCUAAAAGGAAGCUCUUGACUGGCAUCUGCACAGUUAUCUAAUAGCGUAGUUAGCAUCUUUGCUAAACAACUAAACCGCCAUCGUAUUUUGAGGUUGCUUUGUAGACACACAGCGACUAGCCGCAAACACCAGCGCAGAGGAAAUGAAGGACAAACAAAAGAGAAAGAAGGAGCGGACCUGGGCUGAGGCUGCUCGCAUGGUUUUAGAGAACUUUUCAGAUGCACCCAUGACUCCCAAACAAAUUCUGCAUGUCAUCCAGACCAAGGGACUGAAGGAGAUGAGAAGUGGUACAGCUCCUUUGGCCUGCCUGGUCACCAUGCUGCAUUCCCAAGUGAGAGGCGAUCGAGUCAAGAACAGUAUCUUCUUCAAGCUACCUGGACGAAUGAGUCUUUUUACUCUCAAGAAAAACGCUCUCCAGUGGACAAAGGCAACCUCGGAGUCAGAGACACCAUCAGAGCAGGCUGGGGGUACGACACCCCCAGCUUCCAGCAACAGCACCCCGGCAGCAGGCUCAGCCGUGGCCCCGGUUGGUCCCACUGAGGCCGCUGAACAGGAGAGCUGCGACUCCACUGAGACUACUGCUGCUGCCAGUGUGGACAAUGAUGCUUCGGUUGAUGAGAGUUCAUCCAGUGCCUCCUGCUCUGUGGAGCUACAGGCUCCCAGCAGCCAGCCUCAGACUCGCCUCAGCAGGUCAGCAGGACAGCAGGGUCGCACUGACACACAGCAGACCCAGCACGCACAGACCAGACUGAGCCGCUCAAGACAGUCAGGAAGGCAGAGGAAGAAAGCUGUUAUGAUGCCUCGCGUCGUCCUCACCCCUCUUAAGGUGAAUGGAGAGCAUGUCCCUUCAGGUCCCAUGAAGCGGAGUCGGGGAGGGGUGGAUGUAGACUUUGAAACGCCAGGCUCCAUCCUAGUCAACACCAACAUCAGAGCUCUCAUCAAUACGCGGACAUUCUUAGCUUUCCCGGUACACUCACAACAGCAGUUGCUGCAGCUGCUGCCUGAGGUGGACCGACAAAUUGGACCUGAUGGCAUGGCCAGACUGAGCAGUUCAGCUCUUAACAAUGAAUUUUUUACCCACGCCUCCCAGAGCUGGAAAGAGAGGCUGGGUGAUGGUGAGUUCACCCAUGAGAUGCAAGUGCGUUUCAGACAGGAAAUGGAGAAAGAAAAGAAGGUAGAGGUGUGGAAGGAGAAGUUUUUUGAAGAGUAUCAUGGGCAAAAGUCUGGGCUAACACAAGAAGAGUCACUAAAGCUUACCAUGAGUGAUGCCAGCGAAGUUGCAGCUAGUGUGCUAGACAGUGAUGUGACUGUGGUGGCAACCGGUGCCCCCAAAAGACGCAGCGUAGGUCGGCGGAGGCGAGAUGGUAGGAUGAGGAGACGCACACGGGCUGACCUGCGCCGGAGGGCUCGCAGAACCAUCUGCAAGACCACUCCAUCCCUGCCGUCUGCAGAAGCAGCUGAGGCCAAUGCAACUAUGGAUAUUUCAGCGGUUUCUGUUGGCUCUCCCAUGUCCGAAAACACAGUUGUUCAGGGAGAGGUAGUGCUGCAGACUGAUUGUGGGGUGGAGCUCCCAGAUGAGAGUGGUUUUACAGAACCAAAGCCUUCUCCCAUUCCAGAGCCAGUCACAUUGCCAGCCCCCACACCUGCUCCAACUCCCAGCCCCAGCCCAGCCUCAACCAGCGCAAAUGAAGAGCAUGAAGUCGCUGCUCGUUUGCUCCCCGAAGAGAGUGCACCUGUGUUGGCUUCCACCACUUCUCCAUCCUCGUCCUCCUCCUCCUCCUCUUCAUCUGCCUCUUCACCUGUUUCUUCACCAUCUUCACCUUCUGAUAGACAGGAGACAUUUGUUGGAGUCCUGGACUCUUCUUCAUCCUCCUCAGCCUCCUCGAGUGCUGCAGUUGCUGCAGAUCCCCUGGAUGAUACAGCUUCUGUGAUCACCUCCAUCACAGGAGGAACUGCCACCAGCAGCCGUGAGAGCAGCCCAUCUGUUAGUCCAGCUGCCACCCCUCUGCCCAGCACCCAGCUGAAAGAACAGAAGAGAAGGCCAGAUGAGACUGAAGCCUUUUCUAGCUUCCCCGAAAAGAGGCCACGGCUUGACGACCGUCAGUCCUUUCGUACCACAAUUGACAGUGUCUGUUCAGAAAAGCCGCAGCCGACAACAGAAGAACCCAAGGUGCCACCUAUCCGGAUUCAACUGUCCAGAAUCAAACCUCCCUGGGUCAAAGGGCACCCCACCUACCAGAUCUGUCCCCGGAUCGUGCCGCCCGGCGAAGGCUCGCGCCGGUCGGGGACAGGGGGUGCGCGCACCUUGGCGGACAUCAAAGCCCGUGCACAACAAGCCCGUGCCCAGCGCGAGGCCGCUGCUGCUGUUGCAGCCUCUGCCGACGGGACAAGCCCGGCCAGGGUCAGGCUGCGGCCUGGUGCUGGGCUACCGGAUAGCAGCAAUGGAAGACGAUCGCGAGAGCAUCCAGGACCUAUCGAGCCCGGAGGAGGAGGAGGUGGAGAAGAAGAAAGUGAAAAUGGAAAUGAAACAAGGGGAAGUAGUGGGGUGGAACAGCAGGGAUCGUCUUCAGGCACUAAUUCGUCUGGAACACAACUACAGCUUCUUAAUGUAGAGCCUACAUCUGAGCCUUCCCCUUCAUUGUCCACUACCUCAACCUCCAUGUCCUUGGAGCCCCCACAGACGCCAAGUCCUCAGCAAGAGGAAGCAGUUGGGGGGACAGAUGGAGAGUUAAUUGAAGCAACCACAGCUAGUAUCCAGAGCUCCUCCAACGGACUCACAGAUGGGGCUGCCUCACUUUCUUCAGAUCCUGAUGUGUCUGAGUCACCAGCCAUGCAGUCUGCCAGAGAAAGCCAGGUAGUUGAAACUGGUGCCAGUGCCCCCACAGAGAGCCCAACCGUUGGUUGUGAAAAACCUUCAUUGGCACAAACCUCUAUCCCAGAUUCUCUUCCGAGGUUUGGGGCUCAGGGUGUAGAUGUUAUUCAGACGCUGGCCAGUUCUUGUCAUGCCAAGGACCAGGAGCAAGGAAAGGAGGCUGGAUUGGGUAGUGUUAUCCAGCAUGGUUCUCACCAUGUUGACCCCCAGGAGGCAUUCUCCCAUACAGCCACUGAGAGACAGCGAUCAGAUGGAUCUUCACCCCAACAUGUGGAUUCCUCUAGUGCUGAGAAAGAUGAGGCUGGCACAUAUAGCGACUCAACAGAUACCGCUUCAGACUGUGAGAAUGAAAGCCAGGAGGAAGAGCAGCAGCAGCCUGGCCACGAAUGGUGUCCUCAAUUGAACACUCAGAGAAAUGGCCAACUGGUGAUUUGUAGCCCUCCUCAGAACCAACAACCGGUCAUCCAGACCCACAUGACUAGCCGCCACGGCCAGACGGUCAUUCAGCCUUGCUUCCCCAGCAGCAUGACUCAGCCACAACACAGCCGUAUCCAUUCACAAGACUCCAAUGCUCUGUCUGCACCCCUGCCACAAGGGCUAAGGGACACAACUGUUGUUAAAACUGAAUCUGGAGAUGACUGUAGAGCCACCAGACUGAGCUCUGAAGAGGAGUGUCGUGGAGCUUUAAAGUCUUCUGUCACUCACUCAAAUGCUGCAACUGCCUCCAAAAGACUGGCCAGUUCAGUCAGACUUGUGUCCAGUGUGGAGGCCAACAACCCUUUGGUCACACAGUUACUUCAGGGCAGCCUGCCUCUUGAAAAAGUUCUACCCUUACACUCUGCCAACAGACUGGAGAUUAGCCGAUUACCAGGAACCCUACCCAGGCCACCAGCAGCAAGAAUCCCAGGGACUCGUAACAGGCCUGAGGUCUCAGCAAAAUCUUCAAGCCCAGAGCUGAAUACUCCAGUCCAGAUCCAUAAGUCUCCAACAUCCCGCCCAAUUUCCUGUCUGAUCGAAGCCCCAGCUGUACCACAGUAUCAGUCCCCCCAGGCCCCUGGAGCUGUUCCAGUCAUCACCCCUCUGCCACCCUCCUCCACCGGUUCCUUGUCCUCCAGAAGUAAGCAAGACCUCAUGUCUGGGUCUGCUGUGGAAUCUGCAGUUAUCAAAGAGUCUCAUGGUCAGCAGCCUUCCCAGGGAGCCAUUCCCGACAGACCUCAGUCAGCCCAUAGGACCAUGUGCAAUGGACCCUCUCCUCCUCACGCAGACACCUGCCCAACAGAGGUGAUACCUUCUAUUAAGAUUAACUGGCGUCCCCCACAAUCUCAGCUUCCCCAGUCUCAGCAACAACCCCCGUCUCCUGCACCCACUGUAAAGAAUGAAGUUGGUGCACGACCCUCUUGUCAAGCUAUUGCCAAAUCCUCACUCAGUGUACCCUUAAGUGUUACCAAAAAGGAACCUGGGAACUCUGUCGAUGGCUAUCUAAGCGGUGGGGCGAUAGAGGGACUCAUCAACAUGGAGUUUACUUUGGCCAGGAUGGCAAAGAAAGAUCACAGCAAAGCUCCCUACUCCUCUGCGUCUCCCUCUUCCUCCUGUUCUCCCUCACCCUCCGCUCCCUCCCUUCCCUUCCAUCUUUAUGGGAAGCUCCCCAAGCAAGGUGGAGGUGUUGGAGGGGUAAGCUACACAGCCAAUGUCUCAGUGAUGGACAACAGCAGUUUUUCCCGGAGCAUGGCAGACAGUGUGCUGCAGCUGCACCCCCGCUUGGGUCCCAGCCAGACUACCCUCAGCAUUCAGGCCUUUACUGACAGUACAGCAGAGGAAGUGGCACUCAAGUGCUCGUGCCGCCUCAAGGCCAUGAUCAUGUGCCAAGGCUGUGGUGCCUUCUGCCAUGAUGAUUGCAUUGGGCCCUCCAAACUCUGUGUGUCAUGUCUGGUGGUCAGAUAGUAUGCUGAAGUUUCAGUGGACUGUAGAACUGCUGUUUGUAUAGUGUGAGCAGCAGGGCCACAGCUUUCAAAGUGUUGCCAGAAACUUAAGUAUGGUAGAGAACACAGGAGAAGCCUGAUGGUCAACAUUUGCCUUGUAAAAUAUGACUGGUCUGUAUUGUUGCAGAUUUCCUGUUUUUGUUUGAGCUGUACUGAUGAUUAUUAUUGUUGUUGUUGUUGUUGUUGUUGUUGUUAUUAUUAAUUAUUAUUAUUAUUAUUAUUAUUAUCAUUGUGCAUUGGGGCAUGAUUGAUUGUAAAUUGUGCCUUUUUUUUUCUCCUCAAAAACAUUUACCUCAUCUUAUCUUGCUCCACCUGUUAUCAUUUGGUGGCCAUCAUUUUUUUGAUCCCGUUUGUCAGUCAAUGGGGAAUUACUGUUGUCUCUGCGCAAAGAAGUAUUUUUUUAACCAUUAAAAUGAGUAAAUGACAUUGUAUUACCA